CAUCAUCUGGCUCGCGCCUCGAGCCCACGCGUCUCUCCGCCCAUGGCCGAGAGUCCAGCGGAACAUCGUCCUCCGAAGCGCACGAGGACCGAAGAUGCCAACGCAGGGCCUAUCAGCCGCUCCAAGAAGAUCUGGUUUGACGAUGGCAACCUUAUCGUGCAGGCCGAGCAGACACAAUUUCGGGUUCACAAAGGCGUUUUGGCGAAACAUUCUAUAUUCUUUCGGGACCUGAAGGACGUGCCUCAGCCGGAUACAACUGACGCCCUGGUGGAUGGGUGUCCUGUCGUAGUGCUGCAGGACGAGGCGGAAGCGGUCGAGUACAUGUUGGUCGUGAUCUAUGACACGGCUUAUGCGGGCCGUUUUCGUACUCUGAAAGAGCUUUCAUGGGCUCUGCAAAUGGGACACAAGUACCUUAUCCCCGCGCUGUUCAACAAUGCUGCGGAGCGCCUUCAGGUGUACUUUCCUUGUACGCUGAAGAACUGGCCCUCGGCAGUCGACCAGCUGGAACUCCGCGAGGAUGAAGACCGCUUCGACUGCAUCAUCUACGAGUUAUAUAAUAUCGUCAAACGAGUCGGUCUUCAUAGAUCUCUUCCCGCGCUCUGCUUUCAUUACACAGACUUGCGUACUUUGGAAGAUAUCGCAAGGCCAAAAGACUCGAAGGGACGCAUGGCUCUCGAAGCAGAGGAUCGCAUAACCCUAUUGCUGGGUCGCGCCAGGAUCCUUCACGCACAGAUGGACUAUUCGCUGCAAUGGCUGAGAAGUUCAUGGGAUAACCCCCAGUGCUCGACACGCAAGGUUUGCCGCCAGGCGCGCUGUGACGAGCUCGAGAAAUGCCUUAAGUACGGGUCAAUCGUUUUGGAAGAAUGGAGUACCUUCUCGGGCGUCCGCAAACUCUGCUCGUCGUGCGAAGAGAAAUCCAAGGCCGUCCACGACGACGGAAGACGUAGGUUCUGGGACGACUUGCCUGCCUUCUUUGACCUCAGGCCGUGGAACGAACUAACAGACUUCAAGAUGGGGGACUGACCUCGGGCCCGCAGAAAUCUAGAUAUCGCUGCCUGCUUGCCCGUCGAGGUGAUGCUACAGCCGAUACAUAUAUUGUGAUAGGCUAGAAGAAGCGUGUGCUGAUGUAUUCGCGCUCGUCUACCAAGCGUCGAUGCACGAUAUUGCUGGUGAAGGAUGA